CCUGGCCCUCCAUCUCACCGCCGUCACAUGCAGCAUAUUCUUCCAUAAAAAAAUGGCGUCGUUUUUGAAACUGGCCGGGGUUGCCUCCUUGGUCGUAUUUAGUAACCCUGUCGCAGGUUCAAGAACUCAUGCUCCCUCGGAUCAUGCUCUAAAGACCUUCAACGCGACGGUCAGCGGACGCGUGCAGCCUCUUCACCCUUUCUCUCUGCCCUGCUUCUCCAAUUACAAUGGGCAACCAGUAGCUCGCGAUAAUGCUGCUUGUACCACCAUCCAGGCUAGCUACUCGGACCCGUGGCUACGAACAAACUCUCCCAAUGGCUACAUGAACAACCAGGCCGAGAUGUGGGCAUCUGAUCCUGGUGAUCAGUGUCUGCUCGAUGAUACCAAUCCCGCUGACCCUUUGGCGUACGUGAACGCCACCUGCCAACAGGGAAAUGUACCUUCUCAUUAUCUGGAAGUGAAAAGCCCAAGGGACGUGAUCGAGGCUUUUCGGUUCUCGAAGAAGUCCGGAAAGCAGCUCGUCAUCAAGAACAGCGGCCAUGACUAUCUCACUCGCAGCAGUGGGCGUGACUCUCUGUCCUUGUGGAUGCGCAACCUCCGGUCAAUGCAUUAUAAUCCAACCUUCGUCCCCCAUGGUUGCAACGAAGCCGCUCACGAGUAUCGUGCCAUCACCGUCGGUGCGGGAGUCAACUUCAAUGAAGUGUACGCCUUUGCGCAGCAACACAAUGUCACGAUUCUCGGCGGCUACUCGCCCACCGUUGGGGUCUCUGGUGGCUGGAUCCAGAACGGCGGUCACUCGAUUCUCAGUCCUGUGUACGGUCUCGGUGUUGACCGCGUACUUGAGUUCAAGGUCGUAACUCCGGAUGGUGUCUACCGAACUGCCAACGAAUUCGAGAACGCUGAUCUAUUCUGGGCUCUACGGGGCGGCGGCGGUGGAACAUUUGGAGUGGUGCUUGAAAGCACCCAUCGCGUCGAGCCCGCUGUUCGCUUCGUCUCGGCCAAUAUCAAAUUCCCCAGCACUGCUACCAAUAUGCUCCCCUUCAUGGAGAUUGUCGUCAACAACACCUUGAAAUGGGCGGAGGAGGGCUGGGGCGGUCACAUCACCGGCAGCACUCUCGUCAAUGUCUCCCCUCUUCUCUCCGUUGAUGAAGCCAAGACCUCUCUGGCAGAUGUAAUCGCCUAUGCCAAGGCAAAUGGGGGCUCUGCCACGAUCGAAGAGUUCACCUCUUGGUACCCGUUCUACGAGAAAUACGUAACGACCAGCUCCGUUGCCGUCGGUGUCACUCGCUUCCCCGGAAGCCGCCUGAUCCCACAUUCCGUCUUCGAAACCACCGAAGGCCGUGCGGAUCUCAUGACCUUCUUCGCCCUCAUCCAGUCCAUCGGUCAAACGCCUUAUAUCCCCGUCGUCGGACCGGUGCUGUACAAAUACAAAGAAGGAUCGACUAGUGCCUCCCCUGCUUGGCGUGAGGCCGUCUGGGAGUUGGGCUCUGGUGCCUCGUGGGCAUGGAACAGUACCCUUCCCACCCGAAUCCAGAAGAUCGCGACCAUCCAGAACAUGACGGCCAUUAUUGAGGGGAUUACCCCGGGUAGUGGCGCGUAUAGCAACGAGGCAAACCCAUUCACCACCAAUUGGCGAGAGGCAUGGUGGGGUGAUAACUAUGAGAAGUUGGUGAGAAUUAAACAUCGGUAUGAUCCGGACGGGUUGUUGAGUUGCUGGAAGUGUAUUGGUUGGGAUGAGUCGCAAAUUGCCACUUCGUCAUUUGCUACACUUCUCUAAUCUCGAUUGUUUGUAAAAUAGCGCAUAUAUACAUGCAUAAUAUUACUGUAGAGGUACAUUAAUCUUACAAGGUAUCAUCGAAGUAUCACUUCUGGUCAAACGACAGACACUUGAGUACUUGUGAUGGUGAGAUAUACUCAGGAAUCUACCCGCAAUGGAAGUAUCGAAUUGACCAAGUCUAGUCGCCGAU